GAUGUCACACCCGACGGCUAUAGGCGAAGGUGAACGAAGAUGUGCGGAGAGGGAAGCAGGAGAAUGCGACUUUGAUGGGAGCUUUUCCGCUCCGAUGCCAUGGCAUGGAUCCUUGACGAGGGGGAUAUAGGAUUGGGCAUGUUCGAGCGCCCCGGCGUGUGAGCAAACAGCAGCCGUUCCCGAAGUCCAUGCACAGGCCGAUUGCCUUUUUUAAAGCGAAUCAUGGGGCCCCUCAAGGAACAAACCACGCUGUCCACGAAGCUUUGGACUGUCAUACAAACGAUAUCGGUGCUGGUUCUUCUGCAAUGCGUCUUACUGCCCAUCAACCUUUGGAUCUGUUCGACGACCGACGUGUUUCGCGUUUUCGCAUCCCCGAUCCGCCGCUCCAAGUUCCGUUCUCAUGACUUCGCUUCUCCCCAGAAGACGGUUCUCAUUGACGGGGGCCGACUUUCCAAGGGGCUCCUACUCGCCCGGCUUUGCAAACAAGCAGGCUACCGUGUGAUCUACACCGCCACGCCGCAAACAUGCUUUUCGGGUGCCCGGUUUUCCCGAGCCGUCGACAGAUUCUACGUGAUCCCCAAUCGAGCAAACGAUGAUUACGUAGCGUGCGAAAAGGAUGUGAUGAAGAUUAUGCGCAGGGAAAAGGUCGACGUUUACAUGCCGGUCAGCACAGCUAGCUCGGCGGUCGGGGAUAGCAACAUCGCGGACAGUGUCCGGAGGGCUGGGCAUCGGGCUGUAGCGUUGGGAAGUGCGGAUGCACAAAGGUUGGACGAUAAGCACCUGUUCGGGCAAUGGGCGAAGGAGGUUGGGUGUGAUGUGCCGGAAUCGCAUCAAGUCACAUCUCCCCGAGAUAUGCUCGUCACUCUCGCGAAGCUCUCGUCCGGCAGCACUGAACCCUCGCGCUUCCAACUCAAGAGCAUUCAAUACGAUGACACGCAUCGCACGGAGACCGUCUGCUCGUCAGAGGUGUCCAAGCCUGAAGUGCAAGCUAGAGUUCUGUCGUUGCCCAUCAGCAGAAGCACACCGUAUCUCAUCCAGCGCCACAUCAGUGGCAAAGAGUACUGCACCCAUGUGCUUGCGCUCUCCGGGGAUGUAUUGGCUUUGGCGAUAUGCCCCUCAUCGCCCUGGCUGUUGCAGUACAAGCAUGUGGAGCACGCGGGCAUUAGCGCAUGGGUGAAGCGGUUCGUGCGCAACACGGGAUUGAGUGGGCAUGCCUGCUUCGAUUUCAUUGUUGAGGACGGGACUGAAAUCGUGUAUGCGAUUGAGUGCAAUCCCCGGGUUUCAACCGCCAUCGCUUGUUUCAGGGGUUCUGAGCAGUAUGGCAAGGCAUUGGACCAUUUCCUCGAUAACCCGAAGGCGGAAGAACAUUCGGCUGACGCAAGCACGAUCACACCGCAUCAUUCUAUGGUAGCCCAGCACUGGCUAUACCAUGAACUGCUGUAUGAGUUGCCCCGAACAUUCUGGUCGCCAACAGCUGCGCUCAAUCGCAUCCUCUUCAUCGUAAAGAAUGAGGACGCUUUGUAUGAUUUCGAUGAUCCAUGGCCGUUCUUUGCUCAAAAUCAUUUGCUAAUCCCACAGCAGUUGCUGUGGCAUCUCUGGCAUCUGAGGCCGUGGACCCACAUAGAUUACAACCUCGGUCGCCUGAUCGAUUGAUGAACUGCGCAUUGUAGCGUGUAAAUAUCUUCUACAAUUACAUCUACUGUGACAUUUGCCAAAGACGAAUUAUGUGCGGUUCCAGAAGCCCCACUUGCACAUGUACAUGUAGAUGCCCGCGAUGCGUACGCCGUACUUUCAAGUUGUGUAGCACAGGAAGGCUGGAGCAGGCUUCUUAGAGAGUACGGCAUGUUAUAACUGCAGCUCAUGCCGAGCUUCUCCGGUGGGUGC